AUGAGAGAUAAGGAAAGAAUAGAGCAGAAAAGACUAAAGGAAAGAGUUGGAGGCUAUCAUAAAUAUGUAGAUUGUGCUCAAAUUAACAAUCCUGAUCCUACUUCAACUUAUCAUGUAGAUGAACAUUAAAGAUUUAAUAAGGAUCAUGCUGUUACUGAUAAGAGUGUAAGAGCCUAGCACUUUGAAAAGCAGUAAAGCAAAUGGGCGAAUCUUAGAAUCGAAAGACUUGAAAGAGAUCAGAAAAAAUGGGAAAAAUAUGAAGUGAAAGAACAAUUCUAGGAAAAUAGGAUAAAGGUUAAGGCUGAAGUUUACCAAGCAGCUAAGAAGAAUAUGGGAGGAUCAGCCUAUAAUAUCAUCAACUUAGACUAUGACAGAAAUAAAGAGGGCAUUAAAUUGUAGUAAGUUGAUCAUGAUGCCAAAGUCAGAGCACUCAUUAGAAGUAAAAAUCUAGACUCAAAGAACAAUAAUGGAUUCAACAUCCUUACAGGAGAAUAAAGAUAAACUAUAGUCGUUCCUUCGCAUGAAAGAUAUAAUCCCUUAACAUCUGCUGGUAGUCAUAUGCUAAGUUCUUCUCACUCUCAGAGAUCAGUAUUGAUUUCUCCUGUUUCUCAGCAAUCUCAAAGAAUUCUAGGUAGUAGAGGGUAUUAAUAACACUAUUAAACUGGAAGUGGAGUUCUCCCCGGUAUGACACUGUGA